UUUUGGAAGAUGGAGAAAAAUUGUAGAAUACUUUUACCAAAGCCUCAGACUAACAAUUGUUCCGAGACACAGGUCUCAAAAGAUUUUAAAACAAGGAAGAUGGAUAAAAAAAAUUCAUGCAUCACUUCUAGGAGGAACACAUGGAGGAUCGCUUCUUGCUUGCUCCUCCUGUUGCAGCCGCCACCGCUAUCACAACCACCUGGUUAUCCACUACAACAGCCGAUUGCUGCUCCCGCUGCCCCCGCUGCAGCUCCUGCACUCACCAGCAUCUGCUCCUGCUACCACCAGCGCCACUGCUCAUUUUGCUACAGCAGCCACUUUUUGCUUCUGCUGACUCUACAUACCGCUCUUGUUGCUGCCACUGUUGCCUUCGGCGCCUAUUACAGCUCCAUUAUCACCAGCUCAACUAGCUGCCGCCGGCAUUGCCAUAGCCACCUGUUAUCACCAUUCAACAAAUAG